AUGUGGCCCCUCCUAAGCAAUGAUCUCUUCCAACCCCCCACCGAAGCCUGGCUCCAGACGGUCUCCUCAGAUCCUGAGGCCCAAGGCUGGGGGGCCUGGGGUGGGAACGAAAAGACCACUUUGGUGCCAAAGGCUGGAAAUGCAACAGAAAGGGACAAGGAAGCUGAGGAAAAUGAAGACGCAGGCUUCCUGCUGUCCUUGCUGGAGCCGGAGAACCUCAGCAAGUCCCUAGUAUACCACCAGGAACUGGAGGCCAUCAAGCUAAAGCUGUGGGCCAUGGAGCAUGCUGAGGCCCUGCCAGAGCCACCCUGCCUACCGGGAAAGGCCACAGAGGAAGAGGGGCCUGAGGUCACACAGCUGCUGAGCCCUGAGGCCGUGGGCUCCUGCUUCUCUGGGACCCCUAAGAAAAACGUGGAGGCUGACCACAGAUCUGUCUAUGUGGGCAAUGUGGACUACGGAGGGUCAGCUGCCGAGCUGGAGGCCUACUUCAGCCCCUGUGGGGCGAUUCACCGGGUCACCAUCCUGUGUGACAAGUUCUCUGGACACCCCAAGGGAUAUGCAUAUAUAGAGUUUGCGGCCCAGAGCUCUGUCCAGGCUGCAGUGGACAUGGAUGAGAGCACCUUCCGAGGUCGGGUCAUCAAGGUGCUUCCCAAGAGAACAAACUUCCCAGGGAUCAGCUCCACAGAUCGUGGCGGGCUGCGGCGAAUACACGUGGGCAGUAGGGCCCCGCCCUUCCCGCACAGUAGCUUCCAUCGAAAACCUCGGUCCAGACUCCAUGGACAGAGCAGGGGCCGUGGACGCGCCUUGCUGUGGUUUUCACCAUAUUGA